AUGUCAUCUACUGCUACCUCCGUAGUUCCAAACAUUUUUUACCAUUUGCCUAAACCUAUUACACAGAAUUUUCAGCAUUUCGGUCCAGGAGCCAAUGGUGGUGGUUCAAUGCUGGAAUUCAACACUCAGUCGUCGUUGUCAUCAACGUCAGCGAGUGAUUAUGCGUCGAAAACAGGCUGUUAUACUACAAAAACUGAUUCUUCUUCUUCUUCAAUAUCCACAUCGAAAUUAGUCUCAUAUAACCUGGAUGCUGCUCUACGCCUAUCCUUAAAGUCAUCAUCCUCGACAGUUCCGUCGAACAGCAGUAGUCAUAUAUCGGGCUCUACAGCUAGUACUAGUACAGAGAAGAAAUUACCUCAACGACCCUUAUCUUUUCAUGAAUCAUCUGCUCCCCCAUUGGAUUCGUUAAUCAGGCAGAAAAUUCAAAGUUUGCCGAGAUCUUUAAUUUUAACUGAUUCGAAGGAGGAAGAUAAAAAAGGCAGAGAAGGAGAAAGUAAACCCACUGAAAAAUAUACCCAAGAAAGUAAACUUUUGUGUACCGAUGAAGAACUUGAUCAUCUAUGCCGUACCGGUGCUCAGUAUAUUCCAAGAAGAGCUUUAGGCUUUGGAAAUUCUGGCAAUACAUGUUAUUUGAAUUCUGUUCUACAAUGUAUUUUAGCCACAGGUCCUUUAUUGGCUUAUAUUCAUUCAAAACAUUCAAAUAGUAACAAUUGUCCAAUUACUAGUACCGCUAAUUAUAAUCGAUCUACUCUGCCUAAUGUGAAUAAAUCACGUUUUUGUGUCCUGUGUGGAUUAGCCCGUCUUCUGAGUGAACAUCGUUCACAAAGCGGUGGUCAUACAGUCCCAUCGUAUUUUGUAACCAAUGUUCGAGCUGUUUGUCCAAGUCUUCGUCCAUAUCAACAAGAAGAUGCACAUGAAUUUCUGCUGGGAUUAUUAUCACGUAUGGAAGAUGGUGCAAUGGCAGGUUUAGGAAAAAUUCCGCGUAAAAUAUCAGAGACAAAUGUUAUUAGACGAAUAUUUGGCGGUGUUAUGCGCUCAGAAGUGACAUGCCAUUCUUGUCAUAAAGUUUCAGCACGAGAUGAACAAUGGUUUAAUCUGUCUAUGGAUAUAACAUGCGCACGUAGUUUACAGCAAUGCUUAUACAAUUAUAUUCGUAGUGAAGAAUUAUCUGGUCAAAAUGCCUACAAGUGUGAAAAUUGUCGUCAACUUCGUCCAGCUAUGCGUAGAUCUACAGUGUACCGUGCUCCACCAAUCCUCAUCAUUCAAUUUAAUCGAUUUUCACGUCAUCAAAAACUUGAUAUGCGUGUCGACUUUCCAUCAUCGUUUAACCUACGUCCAUUUAUGACACAAUCGAAAGGAUCACCUGUCUUGUAUAAAUUAUAUGCUACCGUGAAUCAUGAAGGCUAUAGUUGUCGUAGUGGACAUUAUGUCUCUUUUACACAACGUCAUGGUCAAUGGUUAUCGCAUAAUGAUAGCUUUAUCUCAACAACCAGUCUCGAUCAUGUAUCGCGUCAGUAUCCUUAUCUACUUUUCUAUGAAAUGAUUCGCAAUCCGGCAAACAGUACACCUAAUGGGAUGACAACAACGCCAGCGCCAUCGACAACCACCUCCACAACAACAACGACAUCAUCAAGUCAAAAGUUAUCCUCAAAUAAUACCUUAUUAUCGCAAAUACAACAACAACAGAAACAAAAAUCGAUUGUUAUUAAGACCUUUAGUUCUCCUACGACUACCACCACAACCACCACCACUCUGACAACUCGCCCACCACUGCCAACCACCUCCACAUCAUCAUUAGUACCCUCUAUGACAUUGAUAACAGCACCUACUACUACUACUACUACUAUUACAUCGGCGAAUUUAGCGUCGCUGUCACGUAUUCAAACAACUAAUGCACUUUCGAAUUCUAAUGUCAAUCUUCCCUCUACACCGUCGUGGUCUUCAUCUCUGUCGUCGGCGUCAUCCUCGUCAAGCGUACCAAAAAUUGUUUUCAAUCCUAAAAUUUCAUUGAAUAAAUUUAAGAUUAUACCUUCACCGGCUGUUUCGUUAACACCGUCAACAUCAUCAUCAACAAUAACAACAUCAACAACAGCAACAACAGCUAACAGUCUUGUCAAUUCACCAUCCUAUUCAUCAAAGUCUAAAAGUUAUCAAGAUUCAAUGAAUUGUAAUAAUAAUAAUAACUGCAACAAAAGCAGCUCAAAUAUUUCAACAAUACCAUUACCAAGUGCUUUUACCGCGAAUUCAACUAUUGCUGCUUCCGUUACUACUACUACUUCGUCUACAGUACCUGUGUCUGUAUCUUUAUCCAGUUCUACUGUUCGACAGUUACUUUAUGGAAAGGAGAAUCAACCAGAGUUAUGGAGUGAACGACCGACGCCAUUACAGUCAACUGUCACAUCAUCAUUUGGUGAAACUAAACAUCAAAACCACCACUACAACAACCAGCACUCCACCACUGAUAGUAGUCGUUCUUCUUUAUCAAGUAGUAACAAUCCCUGCAGGCAAAUUGACAAUCAUCAUCGAAGUGUCAAUGAGACAAAGGUGGCGAAAAUAGACUGUUCUGCUCAACGACUGUCUACUGUUGUCCCCCAUACUACUGAUUCACGUAGCGGUGAAACACACAAACACACACGUCCAUUGGUCGAUUAUCAAGAUGAGAAAUCUGAUAAUGAUUCAUCAUCAGAGAAGGCAGCAACACUGUUGUCUCCACCAUCUAAACGAAGAUAUAAGUCGUCGUCGUCUAGCAGUGAUUCUGAUUCUGGUAUUGUAUGGAUCCCGUUAAAUGCUUAUCAUGAAAAAAAGCCGAGAAUCAGUGAUAGCAUUAAAUCGUUGUCGUCAUCCUCUGAUUGGCAUAGUAAACACACUGGUGGCGGCGGAAGUGGCGCUGGAAGCAAUCACAACAACAACAACAACAGCAGCAAUAACAGUAAACGUCAUAAGAAAAAGCAUAAAAGUCAUUCGUCAAAGCAUAGUUCACAUUCACGCUAUGACGAUGAUGAGAAUGAUUCUGGUGUUUCAAGACAUCAUACCGGUGGCGGUGAUCACCAUCAUCGACGUUUUGAACGCAGUCGAAGUCGACAUCGUGAUAAUAAUAAACAUCGCCAUCAUCAUCAUCACGAUGAUGAUCGUCGUGACAGUAUGAAUUAUAGACGACGUGAUUCUUUAGAUUCAAGAUAUGAUCGGCGGCAUUCUCAUCAUAACAAACACCAUAAACGAUCACAUGAAAAUGCUGGAUAUAGGUUAUUUCCAUCAGAGUUACAUGUUUUAAUGCCAUCAAGUGCGUUUCCUGUAACUGGCCGACGUUAUCACCUAAGUGUCGGAUUACUUUAUGGAAAGGAGAAUCAACCGGAGUUAUGGAGUGAACGACCGACGCCAUUACAGUCAACUGUCACAUCAUCAUUUGGUGAAACUAAACAUCAAAACCACCGCUACAACAACCAGCACUCCACCACUGAUAGUAGUCGUUCUUCUUUAUCAAGUAGUAACAAUCCCUGCAGGCAAAUUGACAAUCAUCAUCGAAGUGUCAAUGAGACAAAGGUGGCGAAAAUAGACUGUUCUGCUCAACGACUGCCUACUGUUGUCCCCCAUACUACUGAUUCACGUAAUAAUGGUGAAACACACAAACACACACGUCCAUUGGUCGAUUAUCAAGAUGAGAAAUCUGAUAAUGAUUCAUCAUCAGAGAAGGCAGCAACACUGUUGUCUCCACCAUCUAAACGAAGAUAUAAGUCGUCGUCGUCUAGCAGUGAUUCUGAUUCUGGUAUUGUAUGGAUCCCGUUAAAUGCUUAUCAUGAAAAAAAGCCGAGAAUCAGUGAUAGCAUUAAAUCGUUGUCGUCAUCCUCUGAUUGGCAUAGUAAACACACUGGUGGCGGCGGAAGUGGCGCUGGAAGCAAUCACAACAACAACAACAACAGCAGCAAUAACAGUAAACGUCAUAAGAAAAAGCAUAAAAGUCAUUCGUCAAAGCAUAGUUCACAUUCACGCUAUGACGAUGAUGAGAAUGAUUCUGGUGUUUCAAGACAUCAUACCGGUGGCGGUGAUCACCAUCAUCGACGUUUUGAACGCAGUCGAAGUCGACAUCGUGAUAAUAAUAAACAUCGCCAUCAUCAUCAUCACGAUGAUGAUCGUCGUGACAGUAUGAAUUAUAGACGACGUGAUUCUUUAGAUUCAAGAUAUGAUCGGCGGCAUUCUCAUCAUAACAAACACCAUAAACGAUCACAUGAAAAUGCUGGAUAUAGGUUAUUUCCAUCAGAGUUACAUGUUUUAAUGCCAUCAAGUGCGUUUCCUGUAACUGGCCGACGUUAUCACCUAAGUGUCGGAUUACUUUAUGGAAAGGAGAAUCAACCGGAGUUAUGGAGUGAACGACCGACGCCAUUACAGUCAACUGUCACAUCAUCAUUUGGUGAAACUAAACAUCAAAACCACCGCUACAACAACCAGCACUCCACCACUGAUAGUAGUCGUUCUUCUUUAUCAAGUAGUAACAAUCCCUGCAGGCAAAUUGACAAUCAUCAUCGAAGUGUCAAUGAGACAAAGGUGGCGAAAAUAGACUGUUCUGCUCAACGACUGCCUACUGUUGUCCCCCAUACUACUGAUUCACGUAAUAAUGGUGAAACACACAAACACACACGUCCAUUGGUCGAUUAUCAAGAUGAGAAAUCUGAUAAUGAUUCAUCAUCAGAGAAGGCAGCAACACUGUUGUCUCCACCAUCUAAACGAAGAUAUAAGUCGUCGUCGUCUAGCAGUGAUUCUGAUUCUGGUAUUGUAUGGAUCCCGUUAAAUGCUUAUCAUGAAAAAAAGCCGAGAAUCAGUGAUAGCAUUAAAUCGUUGUCGUCAUCCUCUGAUUGGCAUAGUAAACACACUGGUGGCGGCGGAAGUGGCGCUGGAAGCAAUCACAACAACAACAACAACAGCAGCAAUAACAGUAAACGUCAUAAGAAAAAGCAUAAAAGUCAUUCGUCAAAGCAUAGUUCACAUUCACGCUAUGACGAUGAUGAGAAUGAUUCUGGUGUUUCAAGACAUCAUACCGGUGGCGGUGAUCACCAUCAUCGACGUUUUGAACGCAGUCGAAGUCGACAUCGUGAUAAUAAUAAACAUCGCCAUCAUCAUCAUCACGAUGAUGAUCGUCGUGACAGUAUGAAUUAUAGACGACGUGAUUCUUUAGAUUCAAGAUAUGAUCGGCGGCAUUCUCAUCAUAACAAACACCAUAAACGAUCACAUGAAAAUGCUGGAUAUAGGUGGUCGACACAACGCGCGACUGUCAAACAAUUUUUCGCAACAAUGGAACAAUCUAUGCGUGAACUUAGAUUAGAGAAUGGUGAUCGUGAAAGCCAAUAUGGAUAUGUUUAUGCUGUAUCAGGUCCUGUUGUCACUGCCUCUUCAAUGGCUGGUUCUGCUAUGUAUGAAUUAGUUCGUGUUGGACAUGAUGAGCUGGUUGGAGAGAUUAUUCGUUUGGAAGGCGAUUUAGCGACAAUUCAAGUCUACGAAGAAACAUCUGGUGUUACUGUAGGUGAUCCUGUCCUUAGAACUGGUAAACCUUUAUCCGUGGAACUUGGACCUGGAAUUGUAAACAAUAUUUUCGACGGUAUUCAACGUCCUUUGAAAGGCAUUUGUGAUUUAACCAGUUCAAUCUAUAUUCCUAGAGGUGUAAAUGUGCCUGCAUUAGAUCGAAAAGUGGAAUGGGAGUUUAUACCAACACCUGGGCUGAAAUCAGGCAUGCAUAUAACUGGUGGUGAUAUCUAUGGUGUUGUACCAGAGAAUACGCUAGUUCAGCAUCGUAUUAUGCUAUCGCCGAAAGCUCAAGGUACAAUCAAGUGGAUAGCACCAGCUGGGCAUUAUACACUAUCGGAUAAAAUAUUAGAGAUAGAAUUCGAUGGACAGACAAGUCAUCAUACAAUGCUUCAAGUAUGGCCAGUACGUCAACCUCGUCCAGUUGCUGAAAAACUUCCUGGUAAUCAUCCCUUGUUGACUGGUCAACGAGUAUUAGAUGCUUUAUUCCCAUGUGUUCAAGGUGGUACAACAGCUAUACCAGGUGCCUUUGGUUGCGGGAAAACAGUCAUAUCUCAGUCAUUAUCAAAAUACUCAAAUUCUGAUAUUAUCGUCUACGUUGGUUGUGGUGAACGUGGAAAUGAAAUGUCAGAGGUGUUACGUGAUUUUCCAGAGUUAACAAUUGAAGUGAACGGUAAACAAGAAUCAAUUAUGCAGCGUACAGCUCUUGUCGCCAACACAUCAAAUAUGCCUGUAGCUGCACGUGAAGCCUCAAUUUACACAGGAAUUACUCUGUCUGAAUACUUUCGUGAUAUGGGUUAUAAUGUAAGUAUGAUGGCGGAUUCAACAAGUCGUUGGGCUGAAGCAUUACGUGAAAUAUCUGGUCGAUUGGCUGAAAUGCCUGCUGACUCAGGGUAUCCAGCUUAUCUGGGAGCUCGACUUGCAAGCUUUUAUGAACGUGCUGGUCGUGUACAUUGUCUUGGUGGACCAGAAUUACGUUAUGGAUCAGUUGGUAUUGUAGGCGCUGUAUCACCACCUGGUGGUGAUUUUGCUGAUCCUGUUACAUCAGCUACACUGAGUAUUGUUCAGGUAUUUUGGGGAUUAGACAAAAAGUUAGCUCAACGUAAACACUUUCCUAGCGUUAAUUGGCUUAUAUCCUAUUCAAAGUAUUUACGUACACUGGAUGAUUAUUAUGAUCGUCAUUUCCCUGAAUUUGUUGCUUUACGGACUAAAAUGCAAGAAAUUCUACAAGAAGAAGAAGAACUCUCUGAAAUUGUACAAUUAGUUGGAAAAGCAUCUCUUGCUGAAGCAGAUAAAAUCACCCUGGAAGUUGCCCGCAUAAUAAAAGAUGACUUUCUACAGCAAAACGGCUAUUCAUCUUAUGACAGAUUCUGUCCAUUUUAUAAAACAGUUGGUAUGAUGAAAAAUAUUAUCGCUUUUUAUGAUCAAGCAAGACAUGCUGUUGAAGUCACUGCUCAAUCCGAUCGUCGUGUCACGUGGGCAUUAAUACGUGAAGCAAUGGGUCAAACUAUUUACAAGGUGUCUAGUAUGAAAUUUAAAGAUCCUAAAGCUGAUGGAAAAGAAAAGAUCCUUCGAGACUAUGAUGAACUACACGAAGAGAUAUCUGCUGGAUUCAGGAAUUUAGAAGAUUUAUAAAAUGAAAAAAAAGAAAAGUUGAAAUGAUAACACGUUUGCGUGUGUCUGUUGGGGGACCAUAUUUCCUAUUUCUACUUAUUAUUGCCCCUCCUCUUUCCCCUGCCUUCCGUUCCUCCACCAGCCUGCCGGCCCUCUGACAUCUAGUUUUUUUUUUAAAUCGCAUAUUUAUUCUUCAGUCUUACUUGGUAGUUGAUUUAUGUUGUACUCUCCGAAACUAUGUGUGGCUGUGAGAGCAGCGGCGGACGGAGGGUUUUCAUUAUGACUAAUUUAUUUAUUUAUUUAUUCUCUUUAAUUUUUAUGAUCAUCAAUCCGAGGUCAUCUUUACACAGUAUAAUGAUGAUCCAUCUUUGUUGGUAUCCAAAUCAUUCAUCACUGGUAUUCCUACUCAUCACACACUGUGUUAAAAGACAAUAUGACUAACUGACUUUUGGUGUGAUAUUUCAAUGCAUAAUAUGUGAUUAUUACUAAAUUAUCGGUGUACCGUAUUUAUAUUAUUAUUACUAUUAUUAUUAUUAUUAUUAUUGUGUAAUGCUAAUAUUCAUUCAUUCUUGUAGUCCUCUGGUUCUUCCCGUGGCACUUCACUCUCCAUGCCCCCCCCUUUGCUCCUACAACUUGCUGUACUUACCCAUCCAUCUGUUGGGUAUUUUUGACUGUAACUAGGAUAGAAUACAUCAUUAUAUAUGUACUUGAUGACUUCAGACAUUAUUAUUAUUAUUAUUAUUAUUGUUAUUAUUAUUAGUCAACUAACUUUUUGUCGACACAUUCCAUAAAAAUUAGUUCUUAUCAUGUUUACAGUGAUUAUUUAAUUGAUUGAUUGAUUGAUUUAUUGAUCACACAAUGACUCACAACACACACUUAUCUAAUUAUAAAAGCAAUACAUUCAUGAUAUUACUGA